AUAAUUAAGGAAUUUAAAAUACCAAUUAACAAAGAUAACUUGUUUAGUGCUCUCAUAAAUGCUCAUACAAAAAAUUCUUUUUAUCUCUUGUAAAAAUGCGAUAAGAUGGGUUUCCAUUUGUUAUCAAAUAUCUUAUCAAAACGUUGAUUCACACGUUCGUAUCCACAUCCUCAUCUCUGACACGAUUCGAGCGUUAUUCACCUGCUUAUUUUACCUGCAAGUGUUAAUUUUGAUUCUAAUCUACCUGUAACGUGGUUAGUUUUGGUAAAAACAACAAUGUGUUCUAAAAAGUUAUUAUGCUAUGUUGCUAUUGGCCUAUUAAUCAUGGGAAUCUUUAUGGAUGGAGUUGAAGCAAGACGUAAAAUUUUGAAAGGUCGAAAAACAAUUACUAGACGUUAUUAUUGGGGAACCGCAAUACCAGCAUGGUCCAUAGUAUUACUAAUAGGAAUUAGCAUACUAUUUGCCGGCGGUGGACUCUACGUCCUAUUACAAAAAUUUGUGGUUGAUAAUGCUGAUACUGGAGAAAGCCAUGCGUCAUACCAACCUGCAUUGCAAACUGAAGCUGCACCUUAAAUAUCAUAUGUUAUAUGUAUGUAAUGUAGAUAAAAAAUGUUUUUAUACAAAAAAUUGUAUGCAGUAUGACAAUUUAUUAUUUAUUUUUAUAUAAUUCUGCAUUUAACAAUGGAUUAUUUCAAUCUCACUACUGAUUAAUGUAAACAAUGAUGUCACUAUUUGUACAAUGGUAUCCUUUUAUAGCAUCUCUUUUCUUACUAGCAAUUUCAUAAAUUAUGGAUUAUUUAUAUCUGAUUAUGUUAUCGAAAGAUACGUAAAUUACAACAAUUACCAUUUAAUGCA